CACGUUCCAUUCUCCCUUCUGCCCCACAGAGUCAGGAUGGCUAAAGGUGACCCGAAGAAGCCCAAGGGCAAGAUGUCUGCCUAUGCCUUCUUUGUGCAGACGUGCCGUGAGGAGCACAAGAAGAAGAACCCAGAGGUUCCUGUCAACUUUGCAGAGUUCUCUAAGAAGUGCUCGGAGAGGUGGAAGACCAUGUCAAGCAAGGAGAAGGCUAAAUUUGAUGAAAUGGCAAAGGCCGAUAAGGUACGAUAUGAUAGAGAAAUGAAAGACUAUGGCCCAGCUAAGGGUGGCAAGAAGAAGAAGGACCCCAACGCCCCAAAGCGACCACCGUCUGGCUUCUUCCUGUUCUGCUCAGAGUUCCGCCCCAAGAUCAAGUCCACAAACCCUGGCAUAUCCAUUGGGGAUGUAGCAAAGAAGCUUGGUGAAAUGUGGAACAACCUCAGCGAUGGUGAAAAGCAGCCUUAUAACAAUAAGGCCGCUAAGCUGAAGGAGAAGUACGAGAAGGAUGUUGCAGACUACAAGUCUAAAGGAAAGUUUGAUGGCGCAAAGGGAGCGGCAACCAAAGCUGCUCGGAAAAAGGUAGAGGAAGAAGACGAAGAGGAGGAGGAGGAUGAAGAAGAGGAGGAUGAAGAUGAUGAUGACGAAUAAAACUGUACAAUACUUGUCUCCAUGUGAAUACCAUAGAGUAGGGGAAACACCGUAAAUGCAGCACCUCUUAUUUGAGAUGGUGUCUCUUGCCCUUAUUAGGCUUAAUUAAAAAAGAAAAAAUUUGGAUUCCGAUCGCGUUGUAGUUUCUAAAAGUGCUCUAGAAAUUGUAACUGGUUUACAUGAAGUGGCCAUGGGUGUAAUGAGCACCCUGAAACUGUAUCAAAGUUGUACAUAUUUCCAAACAUUUUUAAAAUGAAAAGGCCCUCUAGUGUUCUCCUAACUCUGUGCACUUUGCUGUUGGUGUAACAAAGCAUUUAAAAAUGUUUCAAGCAUUUUUUUAAUUUGUAAGGUGGUGUUACUAUAUGGUUAUUGGCUAGAAAAUCCUGGGUUAUAAACUGUACAUAUCUAUAGUUUGUAAAAACUAGACAGAUUCUUGUGGUACAUGCUUAGAGUUAUGAUGCCUUAGAGGAGCAGUGAUUACUGGAGAGGCCGUACGUUCCCCGGGGUGCCAUGGCCCGAAGCAUGCACUGUGAGGGUAGAUCUAUUUACACUACAGUGGGCGUCCAUUUAGCUUAAAGUUGUCUUUCUGUAUAUAGUGAAAUAGCAUUCUGCUGCCAUUCUUAGUUGUGGAAGGGGGUUCAGCUGGCAUGAGAAGUGUACGGAUUUUUUUAGUUAAGUGCGGUAGUUUUUAAACUGAAACUGUAGACAUCUCUUCAUCGUCAACUCAGUGAAGAGCCAGUGCAGCAACUGAAGUUCAAAAACACUCUGUACUUAAACAAAUUUGCAACGUUCUGUUUUUUUUGUAUGUUUAGAAUGCUGAAAUGUUUUUGAAGCAAAAUAAACAGUAUUACAUUUUUAAAACUGUUCUUGACAACACUCUAAAUUUCUGGUUUAAAAGGAUCUUAACAACAGCGAGAGGUUCAUUUCGAAGUCUGUGGCAUCCCUCAGGGCUGGUGACUUAGGAAACAUUCUGACUCAAGGAUUAAAAAUAAAAAUAAAUGGUGGCCAGCCAAAACUGGCUGAAUUGAAAGAGAUGGCUGCUCCAGCUAAUAUGCAAUCAUAACUGUUUAUGGCUGAGUGGCAUAAGAUGCUAUGCAAGUUUGAACUUUAUUACUUGAACUUGGGAGCCUAAAUGAACAUUCAUGACGUAAUUGUUUGUUUGUGUGUGUAUAUAGCAGCAUUCAGAGAUGCAGAGAAAGGUAGGUGGCUAGGAAUGAGGCUGAUACUAUGGAAUAAGUAUAAAAGCAUAGUUUGGAUUUUUUUUUUUUCAGUUGUGUUGGGUAAAUUUAUAGCCCAAAUGCAUUGCUGUACAUAUUAAAAUGUGCCUUUUUUGUCCUGUGUUAAA